AUGGAUACCACGAAGACUUUUACGCACUCUGUUUUACCCAUGCAUGUCAUUUCACAUGCAAAACUCCAAUCAUUGUUGGACCCAGUAAUUUCAAAACGGAAGGCCACGGACGAUUUUCUUGAUACCUCCACUCUGCCUUUCGAGAAGAAGCAAAGAGUCUCUGCUGUGUGUUUGAAAUACAAAGCAAGUGAGGUGACCUCACACGGCUCCCACUUUAGGACACGUGCUCUCUGCCACUCAUAUGUGAUUGCUGACAUUACUGCUCACUUAACAGCUGCAGAUAAUCAAAGCAGCACAGAUCACGUCCUUUUACAUGGGGGUUCUCUCCUGCAGCAUCCUUUAGUGGACAAGUAA